GCGGUCAAUAUUUUCUUUUUGUUUGCACCUCUCCGCGCCUUGUUUUCUGUCUUUUUUCCUCAGAGGACUACAUAGCUGCAUAGAUGUCGGACGAGAUCGUGUGGCAGAUCAUCAACCAGGACUUUUGCUCCUACAAAAUCAAGACAUUGAAAGAUCAGACUUUCUGUCGAAACGAGUAUAAUGUCACCGGCUUCUGCACCAGACAAUCUUGCCCGCUCGCCAACUCGCGCUAUGCGACCGUCCGUAACGUCAACGGCAGACUCUAUCUCUACAUGAAGACCAUCGAGCGAGCACACACGCCUCUCAAGCAGUGGGAACGGAUAAAGCUGUCCCAGCAGUACUCGAAAGCGCUCGAGCAAAUCGAAGAGCGCCUGAUUUACUGGCCCAACUUCCUCAUUCACAAAUGCAAGCAGCGUCUCACAAGACUUACGCAGGUUGCUAUUGCGUCCAGAAAACUUGCUCUGAAGAGUAAAGAUGAAGAGCGACGGCUUGUGGGCGUCAAGCCGAAGGUCGUCAGACGCGAGACCACUAGGGAACGAAAGGCGCUUGCGGCCGCGCGUGUUGAGAAGGCGAUUGAGAAGGAACUGCUGGACAGAUUGAAGAGCGGCGCUUAUGGCGACAAGCCUUUGAAUGUUGACGAGAAGGUGUGGCAGACAAUCAUGAACAACAUGCGGAGUUCGGCUGAAGGCGAGGCGGAUGAGGAUGUUGACGAGGCCGAGGCUGAAGAUGAGGAGGAGAGCGAAGGCGAGGGUGAGAUUGAGUACGUCGAGGAUGAGGACGACGACGAUGAGCUUGUUGAGCUUGAGGAUAUCGAGAACUGGCUCGGCGCUGAUGUGGCCACGGAUGAGGAGUUCAGUGACUCAGAUGCUAGCAGUGAAGAAGACUCGGAUGAGGAAGACGAGGACGACCAGUCUUCGGCCAAGACUGCUGCUAAGCGCAAGAGAGCUGGUGCUUCUGCGAAGCCCAGAAAGCGCGCCCCACGUGUCGAGAUCGAGUACGAGCAGGAACAGGCGCGGGCAACCAACAUGCAGGACACUGCGUGGUAGGAUCAUUAUCAGUUUGUUUGAGUAUUUUGUUUGGUGCAUUCAAGUGUCAUAGUUGUCUUUUAGUAUGACUGGAUGGUUUUCACUUAGAAAAGAAGACGAGUAUAGAAGUAGUUUAGUGUUUACAUGGGAAUGAUCGCAAAAGUACAUGUUUUAGUUAAUAAUCGGACUGGAAAGGUUUCAUUUUACUAUUGCUCACUUUCUGUUUAUUUGUUUUGGUUAUCAUGUUGAAGAACAGUGCUGGUUUAUAAUGUAGUUGCAUUGCAGACAAAAAUAGAAGUAAAAUCAAAUUGGG